GAAUGUUAACCACACAUCGCUGUGCGAAGGCACUGCAGCUCACCCUCGCGGUGAUCAAGCCAGAUGCGAUGGCGCAUCCUCUCAUCUUGGAGGUGAGUGAGGUCUAUGUGACUGAUGGCUAAUGGCUUGCGUUUGUUUAAUGGAAUCCGUGAUUGGAAAUACACUGGCUACAUUAUACUGUAGGCUAUAGACACACACACACACACAUUAGGCUAUUCAGAUAAUCAUGUUGAAAUCAUCUGUUUUUGUGGACCAAAUUACAAUCACAUAUCAGAGCCAUUUCAGACUAGCUACUGUUUGACAACACCUAUUGCACAGACAAAAGGGGGAACAAAGGGGGUUAGUUACCAGUAUGAUAGUAUAUUCUGGUUAGUUACCAGUAUGGUAGUAUCUUGUGGUUAGUUACCAGUAUGAUAGUAUAUUGUGGUUAGUUACCAGUAUAAUAGUAUAUUGUGGUUAGUUACCAGUAUGAUAGUAUAUUGUGGUUAGUUACCAGUAUGAUAGUAUAUCGUGGUUAGUUACCAGUAUGGUAGUAUAUUUGGGUUAGUUACCAGUAUGAUAGUAUCUUGUGGUUAGUUACCAGUAUGAUAGUAUCUUUGGGUUAGUUACUAGUAUGAUAGUAUCUUGUGGUUAGUUACCAGUAUGAUAGUAUCUUGUGGUUAGUUACCAGUAUGAUAGUAUCUUGUGGUUAGUUACCAGUAUGAUAGUAUCUUGUGGUUAGUUACCAGUAUGAUAGUAUAUUUGGGUUAGUUACCAGUAUGAUAGUAUAUUUGGGUUAGUUACUAGUAUGAUAGUAUCUUGUGGUUAGUUACCAGUAUGAUAGUAUCUUGUGGUUAGUUACCAGUAUAAUAGUAUAUUGUGGUUAGUUACCAGUAUGAUAGUAUAUUUGGGUUAGUUACUAGUAUGAUAGUAUCUUGUGGUUAGUUACCAGUAUGAUAGUAUCUUGUGGUUAGUUACCAGUAUGAUAGUAUAUUUGGGUUAGUUACCAGUAUGAUAGUAUAUUUGGGUUAGUUACUAGUAUGAUAGUAUCUUGUGGUUAGUUACCAGUAUGAUAGUAUCUUGUGGUUAGUUACCAGUAUAAUAGUAUAUUGUGGUUAGUUACCAGUAUGAUAGUAUAUUUGGGUUAGUUACUAGUAUGAUAGUAUCUUGUGGUUAGUUACCAGUAUGGUAGUAUAUUUGGGUUAGUUACUAGUAUGAUAGUAUAUUUGGGUUAGUUACCAGUAUGGUAGUAUAUUUGGGUUAGUUACUAGUAUGAUAGUAUCUUGUGGUUAGUUACCAGUAUGGUAGUAUAUUUGGGUUAGUUACUAGUAUGAUAGUAUCUUGUGGUUAGUUACCAGUAUGGUAGUAUAUUUGGGUUAGUUACUAGUAUGGUAGUAUAUUUGGGUUAGUUACUAGUAUGAUAGUAUCUUGUGGUUAGUUACCAGUAUGGUAGUAUAUUUGGGUUAGUUACUAGUAUGAUAGUAUCUAGUGGUUAGUUACCAGUAUGAUAGUAUCUUUGGGUUAGUUACUAGUAUGAUAGUAUCUUUGGGUUAGUUACUAGUAUGAUAGUAUCUUGUGGUUAGUUACCAGUAUGGUAGUAUAUUUGGGUUAGUUACUAGUAUGAUAGUAUCUAGUGGUUAGUUACCAGUAUGAUAGUAUCUUGUGGUUAGUUACCAGUAUGAUAGUAUCUUUGCCUAUUGUAAACACUUGAUCAUUUUAGGAAUUCAUCACAUCAGCUUUUAAAACAUUGAUUGUGAGAAGUUGAUUUAUGAAGUCAUUUUCAAUGGUACAUAAUAAACACCAAUUCCAUCUGCAUCGUCAAUCAAAUGUUAUCAUCAACACAAUUGGAAAGUGGACAGAGCUUAUUGGCAUAUUCUAAUUGUGCAUAUAGGAUCACAAAUUAACUGAAUUUGAGGCAACAAGCAGUUGUUUAGAUUUCUCUUCUGUUCUUGUUCUUAUUUAAUUACUCUGCCCACUGGCUCAAAGAAAGGAGAUGGAAGGUGCAAUGACCAUCAAAGAUUCAAUUUAUUGCACUGUUCCAUUUGAAUACUUCAGUUCCUUUAAAGCCGAUUGUCUGUCGGUCUGCCUUCAUCUGCACAGGAGGGGAGUAUCAGGGGGGACGCCUUUUCUAAGAUGUAAAACCAUCCAUCAAUAUUGGGUUGUUGACAUUUUCAGAGUACACCAUUUGACAAUGGUGAUGAUAGUCCCAAAAUGUAGGUGAGAGUCUAGUAUUUAGAUGAGAGUAGUACUGUAUACUCUUAUUUAGUAUCUGGAUGAGAAGAAACGCUUCUCUACCUUCCAGGCCCUUCACCAGAGAAUCCUGGAAAACAACUUCAUCAUUGUCAGGUCCAAAGACCUGGUGUGGAGGAGACAGGACUCUGAGAAGUUCUACUCUGAACAUGCAGGUAAGGUUCUAGAUGGUUCUACCGUAGAAUUAGAACAUAUCUUUAUGGAUUCUAUUCUGAACAUGCAGGUAAGGUUCUAGAUGGUUCUACUGUAGAAUUAGAACAUGUCUUUAUGGAUUCUAUUCUGAACAUGCAGGUAAUGUUCUAGAUGGUUCUACCGUAGAAUUAGAACAUGUCUUUAUGGAUUCUAUUCUGAACAUGCAGGUAAGGUUCUAGAUGGUUCUACCGUCGAAUUAGAACAUAUUUUUAUGGAUUCUACUCUGAACAUGCAGGUAAGGUUCUAGAUGGUUCUACCGUAGAAAUGUCUUUAUGGAUUUUAUUCUGAACAUGUAGAUACAUUUUAUCAGCUGAAUAUGGUUCUACCGUAGAAAACAUAUUAGCUUGAUAUGUAUUGUAAUGAAACAGGCAGGGAGAGUGAGCUUGUCUGCGGUGGUGUUCCUGACACCAGUGUAAUGAAACAGGCAGGGAGUGUGAGCUUGUCUGUGGUGGUGUUCCUGACACCAGUGUAAUGAAACAGGCAUGGAGAGUGAGCUUGUCUGUGGUGGUGUUCCUGACACCAGUGUAAUGAAACAGGCAUGGAGAGUGAGCUUGUCUGCGGUGGUGUUCCUGACACCAGUGUAAUGAAACAGGCAGGGAGUGCGGCUCGAUACCCUCAACCUUCUGGCCCGUAGCUCUGCGCGCCAUCGACUGUGCCGCAAAAGCAUGUUCGUGUGGCAGAGUCGAUAUCCGGAGCUAUAAACACAGGGUCGCUACAGUAUUCUCUGUGGGGUUUCCUGAUCACGCAGCUAAGGUUUUAGUAGCAGCAGUCGGAGGCUUAAACUAAACCUGCCAGAGGGAACGCUAUCGACUCCGUAUGGUAAUACAAUCUCUUCUCCAGUUGAGUGGCACCUACGAUCACGACAACCUUAAAAUGUCAGACAGACUCAUAUCUAUUAUGUGAAGCCUGCUAGAAGUUAAUUAUCUGUUUUCCUGCCUGAACAUACUUUUAACUGUGACUAGCUUUUUAAGGCACAACUUCAACUCCAGCUUUAAAAGCACUAUACACACCAUGACCAAAAGUAUGUGGACACCUUCUCGUCAAACAUCUCAUUCCAAAAUCAUGGGCAUUGAUAUGGAGUUUGUCCCCACUUUGCUGCUAUAACAGCCUCCACUAUUCUGGGAAGGGCUUUCCACUAGAUGUUGGAACAUUGCUGCGGGGACUUGCUUCCAUUCAGCCACAAGAGCAUUAGUGAGGUCGGGCACUGAUUUUGGGCGAUUCAUCCCAAAGGUGUUCGAUGUGGUUGAGGUCAGGGCUCUGUGCCGGCCAGUCAAGUUCUUCCACACCAAUCUUGACAAACCAUUUCUGUAUGGACCUCGCUUUGUGCACGGGGGCAUUGUCAUGCUGAAACAGGAAAGGGCCUUCCCCAAACUGUUGCCACAAAGUUGGAAGCACAGAAUCGUGUAGACUGUCGUUGUAUGCUGUAGUGUUAAGAUUUCCCUUCACUGAAAAACACCCCCAGACCAUUAUUCCUCCUCCACCAAACUUUACAGUUGGCACUAUGCAUUGGAGCAGGUAGUGUUCUCCUGGCAUCCACCAAACCCAGAUUAAUCUGUCGGACUGCCAGAUGGUGAAGUGUGAUUCAUCACUCCAGAGAACUAAUUUCCACUGCUCCGGAGUCCAAUGGCGGCGAGCUUUACACCACUCCAGUCGACGCUUGGCAUUGCACAUGGUGAUCUUAGGCUUGUUUGCGGCUGCUCGGCCAUGGAAACCCAUAUCAUGAAGCUCCCAACAAACAGUCAUUGUGCUGACGUUGCUUCCAGAGGCAGUUUGGAACUUGGUAGUGAGUGUUGCAACCGAGGACAGAUUAUUGUUAUGCGCUACACGCUUCAGCACUCGGCGGUCCCGUUCUGUGAGCUUGUGUGGCCUACCACUUCGCAGCUGAGCCGUUGUUGCUCCUAGAUGUUUCCACUUCACAAUAACAGCACUUACAGUUGACCGGGGCAGCUCUAACAAUAAAUUUGAAGACCUGAGUUGUUGGAAAGGUGACAUCCUAUGACGGUGCCACGUUGAAAGUCACUGAGCUCUUCAGUAAGGCCAUUCUACUGCCAAUGUUUGUCUAUGGAGAUUGCAUGGCUGUGUGCUCGAUUUUCUACACCUGUCAGCAACGGGCAGCUAUCUUCACAACACAACUGAAUGGCUCAAACGCAUUAAGAAGGAAAGAAAUUACACAAAUUAACUUUUAAGAAGGCACACCUGUUAAUUGAAAUACAUUCCAGGUGACUACCUCAUGAAGCUGGUUGAGAAAAUGCUAAGAGUGUGCAAAGCUGUAAUCAAGGCAAAGGGUGGCUAUUUGAAGAAUCUCAAAUAUAGAAUAUAUUUUGAUUUGUUUAACACUUUUGUGGUUACUACAUGAUUCCAUAUGUGUUUUUUCAUAGUUUUGAUGUCUUCACUAUUAUUCUACAAUGUAGAAAAUAGUAAAAAGAAAGAAAAACCCUUGAAUGAGUAGGUGUUCUAAAACUUUUGACCGUGUGUGUGUGUGUGUGUGUGUGUGUGUGUGUGUGUGUGUGUGUGUGUGUACACACACACACACAGUGCCUUUCGGAAAGUAUUCAGACCUCUUGACUUUUUCCACAUUUUGUUACGUUACAGCCUUAUUCUAAAAUGGAUAAAAAUCCUCAUCAAUCUACACACAAACCCCCAUAAUGAUAAAGUGAAAACAGGUUUUUAGAAAUGUUUGCACAUUUAUGAAAAAUAAAAAACACAAAUACCUUAUUUACAGAAGUAUUCAGACCCUUUGCUAUGAGACUCGAAAUUGAGCUCCGGUGCAUCCUGUUUCCAUUGAGCAUCCUUGAGAUGUUUCUACAACUUGAUUGGAAUCCACCUGCGGUAAAUUAAAUUGAUUGGACAUGAUUUGGAAAGGCACACACCUGUCUAUAUAAGGUCCCGCAGUUGACAGUGCAUGUCAGAGCAGAAACCAAACCAUGAGGUCGAAGGAAUUGUCUGUAGAGCUCCGAGACAGGAUUGUGUCGAGGCACAGAUCUGAAGAAGGGUCCCACAACAUUUCUGCAGCAUUGAAGGUCCCAAGAACACAGUGGCCUCCAUAAUUUUUAAAUGGACGAAGUUUGGAUCCACCAAAACUCAUCCUAGAGCUGGCCACCCAGCCAAACUGAUAAUCGGUGGAGAAGGGCUUAGUCAGGGAGGUGACCAAGAACUCGAUGGUCUGACAGAGCUCCAGAGUUCCUCUGUGGAGAUGGGAGAACCUUCCAGAAGGACAACCAUCUCUGCAGCACUCCACCAAUCAGGCCUUUAUGGUAGAGUGGCCAGACGGAAGCCCCUCCUUAGUAAAAGGCACAUGACAGCCCGCUUGGAGUUUGCCAAAAUGCACCUAAAGGACUCUCAGACCAUGAGAAACAAGAUUCUCUGGUCUGAUGAAACCAAGAUUGAACUCUUUGGCCUGAAUGCCAAGCGUCACGUCUGGAGGAAACCUGGCACCAUCCCUACGGUGAAGCAUGGUGGUGGCAGCAUCAUGCUGUGGGGAUGUUUUUCAGAAGCAGGGACUAGGAGACUAGUCAGGAUCGAGGCAAAGAUGAACGGAGCACAGUACAGAGAGCUCCUUAAUGAGAACCUGCUCCAGAGCGCUCAGGACCUCAGACUGGGUCGAAGGUUCACCUUCCAACAGGACAAUGACCCUUAGCACACAGCCAAGACAACGCAGGAGUGGCUUCGGGACAAGUCUCUGAAUGUCCUUGAGUGGCCCAGCCAGAGCCCGGACUUGAACCUGAUCGAACGUCUCUGGAGAGACCUGAAAAAUAGCUGUGCAGCGACGCUCCCCAUCCAACCUGACAGAGCUUGAGAGGAUCUGCAGAGAAGAAUGGGAGAAACUCCCCAAAUACAGGUGUGCCAAGCUUGUAGCGUCAUACCCAAGAACACUCAAGAAUGUAAUCGUUGCAAAAGGUGCUUCAACAAAGUCAUGAGUAAAUGGUCUGAAUACUGUAAAUGUGAUAUUUCAGUUAAUUCUGUAUAAAUUAGCAAACAUUUCUAAAAGCCUGUUUUUGCUUUGUCAUUAUGGGGUAUUGUGUGUUGAUUGAUGAGGGGAAAUAACAAUUUAAUACAUUUUAGAAUAAGGCUGUAAUGUAACAAAAUGUGGAAAAAGUCAUGGGGUCUGAAUACUUUCUGAAUGCACUCUAUAUCACCACAAAGAACCACCUGAUAUCACCACAAAGAACCACCUGAUAUCAUCACAUAGAACCACCUGAUAUCACCACAUAGAACCACCUGAUAUCACCACAUAGAACCACCUGAUAUCACCACAUAGAACCACCUGAUAUCUUUAAUGUGUCUUCGUGUCUCUGUCUCAUCUCUCAGGACGGUUCUUCUACCAAAGACUGGUUGAGUUCAUGUCCAGGUAAGCUUCAAGUCAUUUCUCCUCACACUUUAAUGUAGCUUACAUAACUUUAAUGUGUCCCAAAUGGCACCCUAUUUGGACAAAAGUAGUGCACUAUAUAGGGAACAGGCUGCCAUUUGGGACGCGCUCUCUGACUCAUAUGUAUUGUAUAACUUACCUUUAUCUCCCAGUAUAAUGUGAUGUUGAAUGUAAAGACAAAAGUAUCUUUUGAGAUGACAACUAAACACAGGAUGUAACUCAUUUAACUUUGACUCAAUGGCGUACCUUAGCCCAAUUCUGAUAUUUUGCCCAAUUAUUGGCAAAAGAGCUGAUCUGAUUGGUCAACAGACCAAUUAGUGGAAAGAGAGCUGAUCUGAUUGGUCAACAGACCAAUUAGUGGAAAGAGAGCUGAUCUGAUUGGUCAACAGACCAAUUAGUGGAAAGAGAAUAGGAAUUGGGCUGCCUGUGUAAACGCAGCCUUCGUAUCUCAGCGGUAUGAAUGUGACAAACACAUGGAAACUCAAGUACUGUUGCUUACAUACAUAGUGAAUAGAAAAGCAUCUGUUGAGACAUCCCACAAUAAAAGACUACAUCACUUGAGCUUGGUCCUAUUUCUAUCCUCUGAGAGCCCCCCCCCCCCCGGUACGAACCACUUGGAUCCAUCCAGUCUUUGAGGCAGCUCUGUGGGCUGUCUGCUGCUGUCAGCACCUCAUUCAGAACUGGACCUAGUUCUGUAGACCCCAUGCAGGGCACCCCUCUGGCUUCUAAAGGUGUUCUUCCACGCCAUUCUCAUUUGUUCUGCAUCCCAAAUGGCACCCUAUUCCCUAUGCAGUGUACUACUUUUGACCAGAGCCAGGUUCUGAAAGAGUGUGUAGAUGAGUGGCGGUGACAUCACAGCUUCUUGUUUGUUUUGUUUUAACGUUGAGGUUUUAUUUUUUAAGGUUAGAUUCUCUUUUCCUUGUGGGUUGUCUUUUAUAACCUGUUGUGCUACUGUGUAUCGGGGGUCUUUGAGUAGAUCUGGUCCUUUACCAUGUUUUGAUCAUAUGAAUAUUUAAGCAAACACCACAUUUUUAUUUUAUUUCACCUUUAUUUAACCAGGUAAGCCAGUUGAGAACAAGUUCUCAUUUACAACUGCGACCUGGCCAAGAUAAAGCAAAGCAGUGCGAUUAAAAACAACAACACAGAGUUACAUAUGGGGUAAACAAAACAUAAAGUCAAAGAUACAAACAGAAAAUAUAUAUACAGUGUGUGCAAAUGUAGCAAGUUAUGGAGGUAAGGCAAUAAAUAGGCCAUAGUGCAAAAUAAUUACAAUAGUAUUAACACUGGAAUGAUAAAUGUGCAAGAGAUUAUGUGCAAAUAGAGAUACUGGGGUGCAAAUGAGAAAAAUAAAUAACAAUAUAGGGAUGAGGUAGUUGGGUGGGCUAAUUUCAGAUGGGCUGUGUACAGGUGCAGUGAUCGGUAAGCUGCUCUGACAACUGAUGCUUACAGUUAGUGAGGGAGAUAAGAGUCUCCAGCUUCAGAGAUUUUUGCAAUUCGUUCCAGUCAUUGGCAGCAGAGAACUGGAAGGAAUGGCGGCCAAAGGAGGUGUUGGCUUUGGGGAUGACCAGUGAGAUAUACCUGCUGGAGCGCAUACUAUGGGUGGGUGUUGCUAUGGUGACCAAAUAUCUAAGAUAAGGCAGGGAUUUGCCUAGAAGUGAUUUAUAGGUGACCUGGAGCCAGUGGGUUUGGCGACGAAUAUGUAGUGAGGGCCAGCCAACGAGAGCGUGCAGGUCACAAUGGUGGGUAGUGUAUGGGGCUUUGGAGACAAAACAGAUGGCACUGUGAUAGACUACAUCCAAUUAGCUGAGUAGAGUGUUGGAGGCUAUUUUAUAAAUGACAUCGCCGAAGUCAAGGAUCGGUAGGAUAGUCAGUUUUACGAGGGCAUGUUUAGCAGCAUGAGUGAAGGAGGCUUUGUUGCGAAAUAGGAAGCCGAUUUCUAGAUUUAACUUUGGAUUGGAGAUGCUUAAUGUGAGGUCUGGAAGGAGAGUUUACAGUCUAACCAGACACCUAGGUAUUUGUAGUUGUCCACAUAUUCUAAGUCAGACCCGCCGAGAGUAGUGAUUCUAGUCGGGCGGGCGGGUGCCAGCAGCGUUCGAUUGAAGAGCAUUUUGACCUGUAGUCCAAUGAAAUGUACAAAGCAAAUAUAAUUUGAGGCCAUCACUGGCUUGUAAGGAUAUUUAAAGGUGGUACUCUUGUGCCUUACAUUUUAGUCAUUUAGCACCAACUGAGCUACACGGGGCCCUGUGAUAUUUAUUUACCUCACACAGAAUGGGUGGAACUCUUUUGUCUAAAGGCUCCCUAGUUUUAACGUUUUUUCCCCCCAUUUUUGUCUGUUGUGAUCCAGUGGUCCGAUGCGGGCGUACGUCCUGGCUAGAGAGGACGCCAUCACCCACUGGAGAGAACUGAUGGGUCCUACCAAGGUGUUCAGGGCCCACUACACAUCGCCCUUAAGCAUCAGAGCCCAGUAUGGACUCACUGACACCAGGAAUACCACACACGGCUCUGGUAAGUCCCCCAGGACUCUCAUGGGUCUAAAAUGGAUCCCUAUUUACAUUUACAUUGACAUUUUAGUCAUUUAACAGACGCUCUUAUCCAGAGCCACUUACAGUUAGUGAGUAUUUUUUUUCAUACUGGCACCUUAAGACUAAAAUACAAUUUUUACAAAUUCAGGACAUGGGAAAAAAGAAUGAUUCUACCUUGUCAGGACAUUCUGGUCCUGAUUUAUAUAGGAAGAGACGUACACAAUGUUUCUGUGUGAGGGACCAUACACGCAACACCCACACUGACAGUUACUUAUAGCUGUCAAUCAAAUGAUCUAGGGUAUUAAUUGUGUAUGAUAGCUAUCAAUAUAGGUUUUUUAUUAGACAACCAGAAUCCUUUGAGAAAGGCAACAGCUGAAACGUCGGGGCUUUUUUUCCCCUGCUCAGUAAUCUCCUCUACUGAUUUGCAGUCUACAAUACUUUUGGGGCACCGCAGCCCAUAUACAACUUUAUCUUCAUAUUUUGGUUGGUGCUGGUGGUUGGGUCUCCUGACCAUAAACUGUAUGCCAUAACUUUCAGAACAUCAAUGUCAUUUAAAGAUUAGUUGAUCACACUAAUAGUAAUUUCCAUAAACCCUUUAAUAAUUUCUUUUGUUAGGGGGUAGAUCAGCUUUAAUAUUGCAGAUAGAUUGUAACUUCUAUCAAUGUAAUUGUCUGCAUCACUUCCAAUCCCCCAUAUGUUUUUUUCCCCAUAUGUUUUUUUUCUCGUAUAUAUAUAUAUAUAUAUAUAUAUAUAUAUAUAUAUAUAUAUAUAUAUAUAUAUAUAUAUAUGCAUAUAUAUAUAUAUAUAUGCAUGCAUGCAUACAUACAUACAUACAUACAUACACAUAUCCUUUUUAAAAAUAUAUUUCCCUUAAUUACUUUCCAACCUCACCACCCCUUCCCUAAUUGGAGUAAACUAGUGAACAACAAUGCUUAGGCCUCUACUUCCAGCUUAUACAUACUAUAUACAUUUUAUGGACACAGUCAAUUUUACAAUAAUUAUAUUUGGUUUGUUUUUACUCCUGAACUUCUUCUACUCUCAACCUCUCCGAUCAUUUUCAUGAUGUCCAUCCGGUUUGCUUCUAUAUGCCAUAUCUUUCUAACUGUGCUCUUUCACAAAAGCUCUCAACCUAUAACCUAUAUACUUAUUAUGGACACAGUAUGCUUUACAUUAGUUGUCUUGUUGUUAUUAGUUGUUGUUAGUUGUUAUUAGUCCCAUCCUUCAACUCCAUUUAACACCUCCCAUCUAUUUCUGAACACCAUCCAUAUUGGAUUUCUAUUUGCCAUAUAUUUCAACUGUACUGUGAUGUUUUACAAAAGUUCUGAACCUUUCUAUUCUCAUUGUUUCUACAGAUUGUAAAUUGAAAUAAACAUAUUUGCUAAAAGUAUUAUUAUAUUAUUGAUCGAUUGACUAUGACUUUUCAGAUCACCCAGUAAUGCUAUCUGCAGGGUUAGCUCCAGAUAAAUAUUGCAAUCCUUUAACCAUUCCUGGACCUGUGUCCAAAAACAAGCUACAAAUGGACAGUACCAAAACAAAUAAUCGAAUGAUUCUGUCUCUUCGCAGCAAAAUCUGCAGAGUUGGGAAGAUUGUAUCCCCCAUAUAAAUAACAUUCUAUUGGUAGCAAGAAUUUUGUAUAAUAAUUUAAAUUGAAAGUUAUGUUUUGAAUCCAGCGUCGUUUUGUGUAUCAGUUCAUAAACACUAUGCCAUGGGAUCGGUACAUCACAAAUCUCUUCCCAACUAUUUUGCCAUCUAUAUGGGACGGCUGUCAAUCCUUUGGUCCUUAAAUUAAACUGGUAUACUUUGUGGGGCUGCAGGUAGCGUUUAGUGGUUAAGACCGUUGUGCCAGUAACCGAAAGGUCGCUGGUUCUAAUCCCCGAGCCGACUAGGUGAAAAAUCUGUCGAUGAGCCCUUGAGCAAGGCACUUAACCCUAAUUGCUCCUGUAAGUCGCUCUGGAUAAGAGCGUCUGCUAAAUGUAAAAAAUCUAUAAAUAAAAAAAAAAUAAAAAUUCUAAAAUAUAUAAAUAACACAUUUUUAUUUUUUAUUAUUUUUUUAUCACAAUGUUCUUUAACCAAUUAUGUUCUUUAACUCCUGAGGUUGUGUAAUAAUCUUGUGAAACCUAACAUGCCAAACUAAUUUCCCAAGCCUGGGAUAAUAAAGGUCUUCUUAUAAAUGAAUGUACAACUCCUCCCGUUUCCAGAUUCGGCAGAAUCGGCACGCAGGGAGAUCGGUUUCUUCUUCCCAGACUUCAGUCAGGAGACGUGGAUGGAGAGCGAGGAGCCGGGGUUCAGGAAUGGACGCAUGGAGUACGACCAGAACAAACAGAUACACACGUUACCAGUUCACAGCUAACUGCUGAUCUCAGUACAUAUUUAAACAAAGAAGUGACUGGACCAUGGCCUGUAUUCAUAAAGCUGAAAGUGUAUGUAUGUAUGUAUGUGUG